GCGCAGGAGAAGAGCACGUAUCUGGGGCUGGUCACUAUCCCGAUCCCCAGUAUAACGGGCCGUCAUUUCGCGGAGCAGUGGUAUCCGGUCAUCCAGCCCAGCGCUCUGGCUAAAGGCGGUGGCGUGGGCAGCGGGAAGAUAAUCAACGCCUCGCUGCGCCUCAAGUGCCGCUACCAGACCAUGAACAUCCUUCCCAUGGAGCUGUACAAGGAGUUCGCCGAGUACGUGACCAACAACUACCGGACUCUGUGCGGCGUCCUGGAGCCGCUGCUGAGCGCCAAGAGCAAGGAGGAGGUGGCCUGUGCGCUGGUGCACAUCCUGCAGAGCACCGGCAAAGCCAAGGACUUCCUGUCUGAUAUGGCCAUGAGUGAGGUGGAUCGCUUCAUCAACCGCGAGCAUGUGCUCUUCAGAGAAAGCACACUGGCCACCAAAGCCAUCGAGGAGUUCCUGAAGCUGAUCGCGCAUCGCUAUCUCAAAGACACCAUCGGAGAGUUCAUCCGCGCGCUGUACGAGUCGGAGGAGAACUGUGAGGUGGAUCCGAUGCGAACGCCUCCGUCGGUGCUGUCGGAUCAUCAGGCUAACCUGCGCAUGUGCUGUGAACUAGCGCUCUGCAAGAUCAUCAACUCACACUGCGUGUUUCCUCGCGAGCUGAAGGAGGUGUUUGCGUCGUGGCGUGUGCGCUGCGCUGAGCGCGGCCGGGAGGACAUCGCUGACCAUCUCAUCAGCUCGUCUCUCUUCCUGCGCUUCCUGUGUCCCGCCAUCAUGUCCCCGUCUCUGUUCAGUAUGACGCAGGAGUAUCCGUCUGAACGCACCUCUCGAACCCUCACGCUCAUCGCCAAGGUGGUGCAGAGCCUGGCCAGCUUUUCCAAGUUCAGUGGGAAGGAGGACUAUCUGGGCUUCAUGAAUGAGUUCCUGGAGAUGGAGUGGGGCUCCAUGCAGCAGUUCCUGUACGAGAUCUCUAAUCUGGAGUGUGUGAGUAACGCCGGGGCGUUCGAGGGCUACAUCGACCUGGGCCGCGAGCUCUCCAUCCUACACAGUCUGCUGUGGGAGGUCAUGGCGCAGCUGAGUAAGGAUGCCAUCCUGAAGCUGGGGCCGCUGCCGCGGUUGCUGAACGACAUUAGCAUGGCACUGAGGAACCCACAGCUGCACCGUCAGGCGAGUCACCAGCCGCCUGAACGCCACCUGACCCGGCCCCCCUUCAGCCGCCUCGCCACCAACGACUUCCAGAGCCUCAUGAUGAGAGACCUCAACAGGACUGAUGCUGGCGUGUGGUUCUCCAAUGUUCUGGUGGUGUGUGUCUCUCGUCAGGUUCUCAGUGUGAAUAAGAGUGUUUCUAUGAUGGACCUGCAGGACUCUCGCAUCAACAGCGUGUCCAACCUGCACUCGGUGAACGACCUGCUGAACUCGUCCCAGGGGUCUCUCGCCGGGGCCCCUCUCAGGGCCGGAGGGCGUGUCUCGGGCGGCUCCAACGUGUCGGGCGGUUUGCGUCUGAGUCACUCGGGCGGCCUGGCCACGGACUCGCUGUCUCAGGCGGCUGCCAUGCAGGUGCCUCUGUCCUUCCAGAACCCUCUGUUCCACCUGGCGUCCGACGGGCCGCAGUACCACACCCCCCCGCCGCCGCUGCUGCUGCCGCCCGAGCCGGAGAACGGACACGUGCCGUCCUUCGCUCACAGCGGCUUCUCCCGCAGCGAGGAUCUGUCGGCCCUGCGCUCACAGAACAGCCUGGUGCAGCCCAACAUCGUGCACUCGCACAGCUACAGCGACGACUUCACACGCCACAACCAGGCCGACUACGCCCGCAGACAGCUCUCGCUGCAGGUGCAGGUGAUCUGA